AAUUUUCACAAAAACUCAGCAUAAAAAUAAAGUAAAACGACAAAAAGUAAUCAGACAACACAAUUACCACAGAUUAAGACAUCCUCUAAUCUGUGCUAUUACAUAGUGUUUAUUGAGGAGUACGUUCCUAAAAAUUUUGAUUUGGCACCUAAAAUUCUCUUAAAACGAAUUAAAAACAAAAAAAAAAACACUUAAACCAACAACACUUGGGAAAUCUGUGUGGACUUUAAGAUUAGCAAAAAAAACAAAUUACAAUUCUCCCAUUAGACUGCCUUCAUGUGACAAAUUACCUAACCUCAAAAUUUAUAAGAGAUAAGUAUAAAACUGACGCAAAUUUUUUGUUUCUGCUCAUUCGCGUUAUGUAAAUAUAUACUUUGGUCAAGGUUUUGCAUAGUGAAAAUGUUGGCAAAAACUGGCCUUUUAGUUGUUUCAAAUCCUACACAAAUCGGUAAAAUUUUGCCUUCGAUUCAAAAACGUGUAAAAAACACACUCUACAUACAAUUAUUAUCGGCUCUGAGUGAACCGUUUGGUAAUUUUUACACAAACGUGUUUACUUCGUGGCCAAAGUAUAGUAAGACACUUUAUGGGAUUUAUUCACAGGCUGCAACGCAUUGCGAAAACCUCGAUGUUCGUGUCCUUUUGUCUGGUUUGAAAUACCAAACUGUGAGCCAAAUCCAAACCAAAUCCAACAUAGAUUUAAUAAUUUUCGAUAGAAUUCACAGUAAAACCGAUAUUGAUAAUUUCAUUAAAACAAAGGUUGCUAACAUUGCCUCUGAAUAUAAUGUUGUGACAUUGGAUUCAGCAGGCGAUAGGAUCGAAGAUUUCAUUUGUGACGAUGAUGAGAGCAUUUACAAUCACACUGUUCUAGGGGGCACUUUUGAUAGACUCCACACGGCCCACAAAUUGCUUUUAACUGAAGCAGCAUUGAGGAGCAGACGUAAAGUAACUGUGGGUGUCACUGAAGAAUCCAUGUUGCCAGGUAAGAUUUUAUGGGAACUCAUUGAAAAUCUUGAUGUGCGAAUCCAAAAUGUCGAGAAUUUUUUAAAUGACAUUUGCGCCGAAUUGGAUUAUAACGUCGUGCCAAUUUCGGAUCCGUUUGGUCCUUCAAUCACAGAUCCAACGAUGGAAAUGAUCGUAGUGAGCGAAGAAACUGUAAAAGGCAGUCAAAAAAUCAAUGAAAUACGUUUAGAAAAACAAUUGAAUCCACUUGACGUUCACUCCGUCAAAUUAAUCGACGAGCCGUAUCCGAACUUGAACGAAGAAAGAAAGAUAAGUUCGAGUACGGGCCGUAUACGACUUUUGGGGACACUUUUACGACCAGUAGCAAAAAAAAAUAUCCCUAACAAACCCUACGUUAUUGGUUUAACCGGCGGUGUUGCCAGUGGCAAAUCUGGUGUUGCCAACUGGUUGAUACAACACGAAGCUGAAAUAAUCAACUGUGAUUUAAUCGGACACGAAGUCUACAAAUCUGGUAGGCCGUGUCAUACAAAAAUCGUCGAUUGUUUCGGUGAUUCGGUCUUAACGCCAGAAGGCGAAGUCGACCGAAAGGUUCUCGGAUCGAUCGUUUUCUCCGAUUCGAGUGCUUUGAAAAAAUUGAACGGAUUAGUGUGGCCAGCAAUCGCAGAUGAGGUUCAAAAAAUGAUCACAAAUAGCAAAAAUCCGGUUGUGGUUGUUGAAGCUGCUGUGCUUUUAACGGCCGGUUGGCAAAGUUUUUGUCACGAGGUUUGGAGUACGUUAGUGCCCCGUAGUGAGGCUAUUAAACGGCUCAUGGCAAGAAAUAAGUUGACAGAAGAACAGGCCAUUGCACGAAUUAACAGUCAACCGAGUAAUAAAGCAUACGUUCAAGAGGCACAUGUUGUGUUGUGUCCUUUAUGGGACGUGGAAUUUACAGGGAUGCAGGUCAAGAAGGCAUGGGAUUUGCUGCAGGAUAGAUUGUUGUGAUUGAUUAUUUUAUUUUAAAUUUAUGUAAAAACCAAGUGAUGGAAAUAUUUUAAUAAAUAAUAAUGUUUGGAGUAA